AUGACUGUAGCACUUCGGAUCCUGCAAUACGGCGUGCCUGUUGAUGUUGUAGACAAAUCAAUUGUUGUUACCUAUUACUUAAGAUCCCCAAAUGAAGUAGAUGUUGCCAGAUUAUUGCAAGAAGGAGAGCAAUGCAGGUUUCCUAGAAUGUUAGGUAGUUUGGAUUGUAUGCACUGGCAUUGGGAUAAAUGUCCAACUGCCCAAGCUGGUGCUUACAUUGGACACUACCACAAAUCAACAGUUGUACUCGAGGUAGUUGCCUCCUAUGACUUGUGGAUUUGGCAUGCCUUCUUUGGCAUGCCUGGCUCUCUAAAUUAUAUUACUGUUCUUGAUAGGUCGCCUUUAUUUGCUGAAUUAACUAGAGGAUGUGCCCCUACUGCCAACUACACCAUCAAUAAUCACGCGUACACCAUGAGGUAUUAUCUUGUUAAUGGUAUCUAUCAUCGUUGGGCAACGAUUGUGAAAACAAUAUCUCAAUCUCAAGGCGCAAAGAGACAACUAUUUGCGAGGACGCAAGAGGCAUGUCGGAAGGAUGUUGAAAGGGCAUUUGGAUGCUCCAAGCACGAUUUAAUAUUGUCAGAGUUCCAACUAAAGGUUGAGGUGAUGAGGAUAUGUACUACAUCAUGA